AAGUUUUUGUCCUUCAAGUGUCUUCUGUGAAAUGGCAAGUGAAGGAUGUGAUGUUGGACAGAGAACAUCUAGAAAUAAGCAGCACUUGCAAGAGCUUCCAUCCCACUCUAUGAAAAACCUGAUGUUACCUCCUAGAAAUGUCGAUGUGCGUCGUUGUGGUCGCAGAUCGGCGAUCUUUAUUGCGACUUGGUCCCUCUGCCUCGUGUUGACCAUCCAAUUCGUCGCACGCCUAGAUGCGGAUGUCGUGGGGACGCCAGUUUUAUGCAUAUGUGAUUUUUAUACAUUAGUUGCAUCGUCCGACGUCUUCAGAUUACCGAAGGCCUCUACUUCAACACGAAGCGAAUUUCUACAAAGAUAGACACGAGAACCACGAAAACAUGGAGAGCUUCUACUUGAUUCUUCUUUCAUAUUCCGUCAGCAUGAUGUUCAACCGCACACAUUUUCUACGUGCCUGGAUGGCUUUGGGCGUCACACUUGGGUUGCUGCCAGCUGCGAUAGCGUUGUCCGUUUCCUAUCGCCGGCAACUAGAGCGACUUCUGUGGCGAUUAAAGCUAUGCGCCUCAAAUAGUUUUGGGGAGGGACCGAAAUGCCACAGUCCAUCGAGUUUGGUGCAGCCCCUUUUUAGGGUGGAAAGACAUUAUGCUUUUCCCAGUAUGUAAAAACGGUGUGUGGAAAAAAUCUGAAUCUAUUUUUAGGCAGCUUAGGUUGUCACGACGUGAUUCGUCAAUGAGUGAAUGAACUCCUCUUGGAAUUUUUUCAGCGGUUGGUGAUCACUAAAACCUUGUGUAAGAGCUGCGUCGGACGACGUUGUCCACUGUACUAUGGCAGCUUGUUGUACUUCUAUUGUCGUAUGAAAAGAUGCUCCACGAACGAGUAUCAUCAGGCUGAUGAAAAUUGAGUCACUUUGCUUACGAAAUUGAGAUUAUUCUCCUCGCCGUGGUCGGCGUUCCAACGAAGCUCCAGGUGAAGACUCUAAAUUGACGCGACUGCUCCCGCGGAGACUGUGCUGAUUUUAAGGCUUAUACGGCGUACUAAUUCCGUCGGACGAAUGUCCUCAGCCUUUUCCAUUUGGGUUUCUAUACGUCGGACUGCUAGUAGAAUCAAGCACUGCUAGAGAUCACAACAUUACUCGCACUAGAAAGAGAACCAGCCAUGAUCCUAAGUAAAGCGGCACAUGCGCAGAUCCUAAGUCCAGAUGUCUCACCGGUUUCGGAUGACAUCCCGGUGCGCAGAGAGGCGCUAGUCCGUGGACGACAAGGACAGCAGGGAUGUCAUGCACCAUCCAUGAUGACACGACCACAACAACAGAGACAUGAGGAUCAGAGGCCGCUAAAGUCAGACGACGAAUCAAGUCAGACAUGUUGUCCUGCGAUGACAAUUCCUUUGGCGAUGGAGCUGGCAUGCGCUUUCGUCUCUUUUCGGAAAUGGUUGUUGCCUGAUCUUUGGGCUGCGUUCAGGUGCAGGACUUCGACCACAGCAACGGAGAAAACAACUUUUCUUUGUGCGGGGGCAAUAAAUUAAGGCUCAGCUUUCAAUGGUCACCAUUUAGAUUGGAGUCACUGAGAUCGAAGAAGCGACCCCUUCUUGAGAGAACCAACAGGGGAAAUAGACGAAGGGAAAGGAGAGAGCUUUGAAGGGGGUCUCUUCCGUUCAGCAUCAGUGGCCAUUGAAUGCUGAGCUUUAAAUAAAGGAGCGAAGAAGAGUCGCAAGACCACUCAGACACGAACAGUUACGAGUGCUUGUGUGUCUUGUUAAGGCUAGUUGAGCUUUUUCGACUUUCCUCCUUGUGCUACACUGAUGUAAUAAAACGACAUAAAUUAUACUUGUAGCUAUGAAAAGCUUGUUUGUACCUACUUGCCUUCGAUUUUGUAGCUAUGACAAGCUUGUCAAGAUACCGAGUUUAGUAACAGCCUCACUCUAAUCUGACUGCGCAGACGUUAAUCGUGAACGGAGUCGCACUGUGGCAGCUAGCCGUUUGGCCAUGGCCUUCACAUUACAUGCGAGAAAGGGAAGGUCAAUACCUCUUCAUGCACGAAAAUCCGCUACAGUGGCUUUUGCAUGUUUUAUUAGGAGCAGAACGUACUUACGCAUUAUCUAUGUCCUCUAAAAGGGAUUCUACUAUCAAUAUUAAAGGUUUGCGUUUUACUGGAGACAGAACGACAGCUGGUCCUGGGGAAAAAGGUUAAGAUUCUCGUUCUUUAACGUGGUUUCUGAGGAGUCCUCUAACAGUCGGCGCUCAUGUUUUCUUCGGGUCUUUUCCGAUGCACUUGCUGGUCAUGCUGUUUUUGUCUAGGACUAUCGCGUUUGAGGCCACUGUGAUGGACGCACCUCCUUCGUCCGCAGAGGCAGACAAGUUAAGAUAAGCCUCUAGUCUAUUUGUACAUGAUUCGUCAAUGAAAGUCGAAGUACAUAUUCUGGUCCUCUGGCACUACUAAAGACGAAAUACGCUGUAGUGAAUGUUUUCUGGUGCUUCUCUAUCAAGAUUGUCCGCCCAUUACAGCAGAGCUUUAAGAAAGACGACUGCGGCCACUACGACGGAAGGUAGAGUACUAGAGGGUCCGCGAUUUGAUUUGGUUGCUAACGCAAUUGUAGGACCCCCAGUCUCCACCAUCGGCUCCACAAUCUUCUCGACGCGACCCCAAGCUGUUGUUGUUAAGAUGGAAUCUUAGCAAGUAACAGUGGUCCUCGUCCAUGUUUGUUCAGUAUACGGGUCCCCCCGUCUGCCGCGGCCAUGAUUUGUUCUUGAUAGACCGCAUUCGAUGCCCAUGAUUUGUUCUUGAUAGGUAAAUGAAUGAAUGAAAUUCGUCAUGUACUCGUCAAGAACGUAUCUGGCCCUUCUUCUAAGAACAGCCGAUUUUCGAAUCUGAUUCCUGCGCCCCAGAGAGACGUGAUCUUCUCGGAUUGGGAACAGAGUCCGAAGAUAGUAGCGCUAGGACCGGUAUGAAAGGUUUCAAGACUUUCUAGAAGCAAGUAAGGAACCUCGAUUCCGAAGAUAGUAGCGCUAGGACCGGUAUGAAAGGAGCUAGAGUCCGAAAAUCGCAGCGACAAGAGUCCGAAAAUAGUAGCGACAAGACUUUCUAGAAGCAAGUAAGGAACCUCGCAAUUCUAAAGACUUAGUAGAUAAGUUCUUGCCUGACCUUUCUUUUUUCGGUUUUUGUUUUUCCUAGUUAGGAGUGCUCCACUGAUACUAUUACUGACGAAGGAGUAGACUUUUGCGGUGCCCUGUUUCCUCAGUUUCUCAACUUUUUAUCUUCUCUCAACAUAUCUUAUUUUCGUGCUUGUUUUUUGAAACCUUUCUUUUCUCUCAUAUGCACGCGUAGCAGAGGCGCCACCUCCUUUUCCGCUGCACCCACGCGCAGCAGACUGUGUAUCUCCAUUGCAAACGUCGAAGAUCGAGUUGGACCUUGGUCAUGAGCCACCAGCAAUUCCAUCUCAGCAGCCACCAGCAAUUCCAUCUCCAAUCGUACCUGCGAUAGUUGGAGGGAAAUCCGACCCAGAAGAUGAAGAUGAGAAAUGUCCGACGCAGGAGGGAGCAGCCGCUGCAAAGGGGUCCUCGUUAGGACAUCAGACUCAUCAAGAUGAUAAUGAUAACGAUGAGAAUAAUAACGAUGACAACAUAUUAACCUCGACGAGUAGAAUAGGCGACGAUGAGCACAUGUUAACUUGCACAUCCACAAGAAUAGGCGACGAUGAGCACGUACUAACUUGCACAAGAGCUACAUGGAUCACCGCUGAUUCAGUGGAUCGUGUGCGCCCGCGUGUGGAUCGUGUGCGGGGGAGGAUUUUGAUGCUUGAUCUUCUAGCGCUAGGCAUUACAACUGGAGGAAUGCUGAUUGAUUCUCUACUGUUGUCCAAACGCGACAAAUGGCCAGCGGGUGAGGAGGAUUAUGCUUAAGACUUGGAUGUUGUAGUAGGAUUAGAGAUUACGUAGUUCAAGACGUCGGUCCUACUUCCACAACUCUGCUGGCUGGUCAUCAUGCUGCUCCUCUAAUAUUUUCAAGCCUGGAGCAGGGGCUAACUACAGUUACAGCUAUACUCGUAAUAACUCAUGAUACAACGUAGACCUAGCAGCACAACUUCAGAAAUGACCCUUUUCAUUUCUCACGCAGAAGUCCUGCCUUGCACAUAGCGGGAUUGGCGCAGUACACGCAUAUUGGCUUGCUCAUAGCGUAUAUUUUCUGGCUCGGCACAACAAGGGACUUUACGGGCUUUCAUUUGCACUUGGACUGAAGAGUGGCGCUACUAAUCAUGGGACUUCAUAAUCAUGGGACUUUCGUCUUGAUGGUUCUUGAAAGACCGUUACUGCGCCAUUCUCUUU